AUGUCUGCUACUGAUAAAACCACGUUACCGUUCACUGAACAACAUUAUUUCUCUUCUUAUGAUCACUUUGGGAUCCAUGAAGAAAUGUUGAAGGAUACCUCCAGAACUUUGUCAUAUAGAUCAGCUAUGUACAAGAACAAGCAUCUCUUUAAGGAUAAGAUCGUCCUUGAUGUCGGAUGUGGUACCGGUAUUCUUUCUAUGUUUGCUGUUAAGGCCGGUGCUAAACAU